AAUUACUCUACUUGCCAACAGUAGGCCUACUCACUGUCCACCACGUGCUGCUAAGCACACAAACAGGAAACAGCAUUAAUUGGCAGGUGUGUGUUAAUUUGACCCAACGAUUCGACUUCAUUUCUCCUGAAGAUAAAUGCGAAAAUGUCGGCCGUCAAUUUUAAUCGAAGGCUACGCAACAUCAUGAACUACGAUAUCUACACUCUAAAAUAUUUCCUGCAGGUUGUCUCCCCAUCGAAGGAGAAACCUCGGGAGGCUCGUCAUGUAAGACCAGUAACAGGCUCAGUGCAUCGCAGCUGCCGGCUCAAUCCUCGGGGUAAUGCUGGGAUGAGUCGUCGUAAAGUGUCUGUGAAGGAUCUCGGGCAGGGGGACUGCAGUGGGUGGCUUCACAAGAAGAAGGACGGCAAGGGCUUUCUCGGCACCCGAUGGAAGAAGUAUUGGUUUGUGCUGAAGAAAAACUCCCUGUACUGGUAUGCCACCGAAUUGGCAGAGAAAGCAGAGGGGUACAUCAACCUAAGAGAGUUCACUGUGGAACAGGCCUUAGAACACAAGAAGAAGAAUGCCAUGAAGGCCAGCCAUCCUCAGGUCAUGACACUCUACUUUGCAGCGGAGAGCAUCAAAGACAUGAACAAGUGGUUGAGUGCGUUCAAGGAGGCCUCCAUGCACAGGAGUCCAACUCCAGCCAGUGAAGAUGAAGUUAAUGGUUGCUACAGUGAAGCAAGUGACCAUGAGGAGACCGACUCGGUAGAGGUGGCCUGCCAGCCUUACACAGAGGAGCUGACUGCUAGCAGUAUUAAUGAUGAGCUCCCGCCUCCGCGCUGCUCCUCCUCGCCGUAUCACCCCCCGGCGCCACUCAGCACCCCCUCCUCCUCCUCCACCUCCCCCCAGACCUCCGAGGCGACCGCCACAGCCCAGAGCGAGUCCUGGCUGGAGGUCAGCUUUACUGGGCUGCCUGCCCUCACCCUCCCCCAGAGGGAGGAAGAUGGACCUCCGCAGCAGCAGCAGCAGCAGCAGCAUCCCUGCACUGGAGAGGAUGAGAUGGAGCAGCUGUACCUGCACCUAAAGCAGGCGCGUCUUUCCCCGACGGGCCACCUGCAGCCCGCCUCCAAACGCGACUACAGGGCCUCCUUCAUCAAACGCUGCCAGGACGAGGCCGUCAACGAGAAGCUGCAUUAUGUCAGGACUCUCAACAGCACUUUGAAGUCUAAAGAAGCAGAUCUACUCUGUAUAGAACAGGUGCUAGCUGACCCCUGCCUAAGUGCCUACAAGUAUCGCGAGUGGAAAGAGGCCAACGUGCUGCUUCUCCAGGACAUUGCCCAAUGCAGCCAGCCACCAGGGCAGUGCCAGAGCACCACAGGAGCAGGACCAGCACAGGAGCCCACCCAGACCUGCACCCCCACGCCCUACUACGCAGAGACCAGCGUGUGAGCCGUCUUUGGAGCGAUGUUUGAGGUUCUCAGCAAAUGAGUCCCACUGAAAAAAGGUGAAGAAGCAAGUCUGACUGGUGCUGAGAAUGCUAGACUGUCAGUCUGGCAUGCGUUUGCCCCACCACUGGAUUGGAGAAGUGUUAGCGUGUGCUAUGGUGGGACUGGUGGUUAAAAAGUGAUCUAUAGUUUGGGUUGAAUCCUCUGCCUGGAGCUUAGAAGUGUGGCUGAAGAGACCCAGUGUUUAGAGUGGUCUCUGUGCUCUGCCAUACACUUUGGGAUUGCAGAUGUCCGGUCGAGAUGUUUCGGACAACAAGUCUUUUUUUCCCAUAUGGUAUUGUAACGUGCCGUGGGUGUGAAGGCAGGCCGUUCCUGCAGGGUUUUUUUAAACACACUUAUGUAGAGUUUCUGUGUGCACACAUGCACACUGAAAAACAUUUGACCAGUCCCUGUAUCAAAAUAGUUUGGUAUUUGUACUGGAUGAUCAGUUUGUUAUUCCACUGUGUUUCGUUUUGGCUGAAGUUAUUUGUUUUUGACAUAUAUUUACAUGUUUGAAGAUGCAUCAGACAUACAAAGUAAAUAUGUUCUCACUAUGGUUAGGGAGUGUCUUAGACAUACAUCAUCUGGGACUCCUCAAGUCCAGUGUUGUGUAUAAGGCAUACAGUAUGAUGUUGGUGAAAUUAAUAGGAAAUGUUCUCCGUUUAAAUAUUCAGAAACAUCUUAAAUUUUAACUUGAGGAGUCUUUUAAACAUUGCACAUAUGUUAUAUGUUUUCAAUCACUAUAUAUAAAUGUCCUGGAUGUUGUAUAUAUUGCCUUCUCUGUACAUUGUUUGUUUCUUUUGAUUUUAAUAUGUAUUAAGUGUACACAGAAUGGGAAGGAAAUAAAUUACUUACUUUCCAUUUGAA